CUAUUUCAAGAAACAAGAAGAAUCAUUGUCGCUAUAAUACAAAAGAUAACUUAUCAGGAAUAUCUACCAUUAUUGAUAGGACCAGCUGCUAUGAGUAAAUAUGGACUAACAGAACCGUAUUCCUACAAUUCUAAUAUAUCACCCGGUAUCUUCAGUAGUUUUAGUGCAGCAGCGUUUAGAUUUGGUCAUUCUUCCGUACCUAAUAAGUGGACAAAUGGUAAUAGUCGACUUCCCCUCGCUGACCUGUUUCAGAGGCCAUUUUAUAUUCAAACUGGAAAUGAAGGUUACGAGGAUACGAUUAAGGGAAUGCUCAUAGAUUCUAGUCAAGAAGUAGAUCUAGAAUUUAAUGGAGCUUUUCAAGUUGAUUUGUUUAAUACCGACGCAUUUGCUGGAAACACUCUUGCAGCAAUUAACAUACAGAGAGGCCGAGACUUCGGGCUACCAUCGUAUAACACAUUCCGUGAAGCUUGUGGACUUCCUAGACUUAACUCGUUUAAUGACGGAACAGCUCAGUUUAAUAGAUUGCAAAUGGUUUACUGGUAUGUUGACGAUGUUGAUCUGUAUAUCGGCGGACUUUCAGAAGAUCCAGUAACCGAUGGUUUUGUUGGACCAACAUUUGCUUGUAUUAUUGGUCAACAAUUCAAGACUCUGAAAUUCGGAGAUCGAUUCUGGUUUGAAAACGCACAACCCGCAAACCCUUCUGGAUUCUCUCAAGGUAUUGCCUUUUUUAUUAUUCAAUUUUAA